CAGGCGCAGGCGCGGAGGGCGGGCGCGGGCGGAAUGGGGACUGCAGCGGCGGCAGCGGCGGCGGCCGGGGAGGGGGCGCGCAGCCCGAGCCCCGCCGCCGUGUCGCUUGGCCUGGGCGUGGCCGUCGUGUCGAGCCUGGUGAAUGGGUCCACGUUCGUGCUUCAGAAAAAGGGCAUCGUGCGCGCCAAGCGGCGAGGUACCUCCUAUUUAACAGACAUUGUGUGGUGGGCAGGCACAAUUGCAAUGGCUGUUGGCCAGAUUGGAAACUUUCUGGCUUACACUGCAGUCCCCACGGUCCUGGUGACUCCACUGGGUGCCCUUGGAGUGCCGUUUGGGUCCAUUUUAGCUUCUUAUCUUCUGAAGGAGAAGCUCAACAUCUUGGGCAAGUUGGGGUGUCUGCUAAGCUGUGCAGGUUCUGUUGUGCUGAUUAUCCACUCCCCAAAAUCCGAGAGUGUUACUACUCAGGCUGAACUGGAAGAGAAGCUGACUAAUCCAGUGUUUGUGGGCUAUCUGUGCAUCGUGCUGCUUAUGCUGCUGCUGCUCAUCUUUUGGAUUGCACCAGCCCAUGGGCCCACCAACAUCAUGGUCUACAUCAGUAUCUGCUCCUUGCUAGGGAGUUUCACCGUGCCUUCCACCAAGGGCAUCGGGCUGGCGGCCCAAGACAUCUUCCACAACAACCCAUCCAGUCAGCGGGCCCUCUGCCUGUGCCUGGUGCUUCUGGCUGUGCUCGGUUGCAGCAUCAUUGUCCAGUUCAGGUACAUCAACAAGGCGCUUGAGUGCUUCGACUCCUCUGUGUUUGGGGCCAUCUACUACGUCGUGUUCACCACCCUUGUCCUGCUAGCCUCGGCCAUCCUCUUUCGGGAAUGGAGCAACGUGGGCCUGGUGGACUUCUUGGGUAUGGCCUGUGGGUUCACCACUGUCUCUGUUGGGAUUGUCCUUAUACAGGUGUUCAAAGAGUUCAAUUUCAACCUUGGGGAGAUGAACAAAUCUAAUAUGAAAACAGACUAGGAUGCAACAGGGGUUUGGGUGGCUCAAGGAAUAGGAAAUGAAUGUGGUUUCUGGCUCUCAUUUGAUGUGAAGUGGAAGAGACCCUAAUCAAUGGUAUUAAAGUUGCUUGCAUGUUAAUGGGUGGUCUGAUGGACAGUGGGGAGCAUCACUCAGCACCAGGGCGGGGGCCCAGCCCUUUGCAGUCUGAAGUUGCUAAAUGGUUGCUUGGGCAUCAUCUCUCUCUGAUGAGAGGAAUCUCAUGUUCAUUGCCAUUAACCUGGAAGCUUUCAUGAAUACCCUUUCCUUUUAAAAUAUUUUAACAUUAUUUAAUAGAAAAUAAAGAUGGGCUCUUUCUGAUUAGUCUUUGCAGGGAGCAGAUAUUCUUAUUUAGAAGAUUACUUUGGAAAUGGGAGAAAUUGUUGUCUUGAAGUAUGACUAUACAGUAAAUGUGUCCGUGGUUGUGUUAUUUUGCAUUAAGCAUGUAUAACGUUCAGGUACCUCAUCCAAAUGAGAAGUAUAUACAUUUAAUUUUUUUUAAUCCUCUAAUGAGCUGACUCUCCCACCCCUGACUCCAAGACAUUUUAAUUGAAAAUAGAGAGAGAAUACAUGAACAUGAUACAGAGUUCCAUUCACAGGAUGACUUUCAAUAGCUCAAAUCAAUUUCAGUGCCUUUAUCACUUGAACUCUUCACUUAAUUUGAUGAUUACUAUGUGUAUGUUCUCUUAGAUUAGAAUAACUCUUUCAUUAUACUUUAAUAUUUCACUAUUCAAAAUAUAAAUAUGUAAAGCAUUUAGAGAUAACAGUAUAUUCAUUUGUUGGAAGAAAGUCAAGGCGAAAGACACCGUAAGAGCAAAUUGAUCCUUUUAGCAUGUAAUUAUUAUCCAAUUAAAGACAAUCGACUUAAAUAGCAUAAGAUUUUAUUUGCAUUCAGUCUAUGCACCUGGGACCCAGUAUCACAUAUAUCCAUGUUCUCUUUCAGUGGCCCUUCAGAAGAAAUAAAUUAUUUAACUUGAUAAUAACGCUGUUAGAGUAACUGUUUAAUAGCAUAUAUAUCAAGUUCCCUAUAAUACAGGAACAGAUUAAAGGACACAGUGAAGCUCAGUCUAAUUUCUGCAAAUUGGAACACAUAUAGUAAGUUUUCAAAAGAAUUUCUAGCAAAAAUGAAAACAAUUAACAUAUCCAUCUCCCUAUUGUUUGAGAUGGCAGAGCACCCUACAGUUCAUCACCCAACCUCUCAUUAAGCUUCUGAAAUGCAAAAUAGCCACUAACUAUGCCGGUAUUCAGAUCAAACAGAUCAUUCGUCUGUUUAUAGUAACCUUGUAUGUAUAUUAAAUGGGAGCAAAGCACAAAGUGAUGCACAUUAUUUCAUUAAGAUAUAAUGUACUUCAUGUGCAGCAUUUUAUCUAAAUAGGGAACUGUGUCAAGUUGGAAGAUGGGAUUGGGUAAGGUAGAGUUGGAGAACUAGAAUAUCAAAUUUAAUAAUACCCAAUUGAAGUUACUCACUAAGGGAAAAAAAAAUUUUUUUUCAAGCAAAAAGAACAUUUCUAAAGACCAAAGAAAUUGUUCCCCAGAGUGUUGAAUGAAAAAGCUAAAUGAAAUGAGGAUAGUUUAACAUAAAGUGAAGAACACCUUUAUGAAUUAAAAGUACAUCUGAUGAUUGUGGGUUGUCAGGGCUUAAUGAACUAAGAGCAGCAAGAGAAUUGUUUUAAAAUUUUUUACAUCUUAUAUUCACUGAUAGUUAAUAAAUAUUCAGAACUCCCUCACUCUUUUUAUCGGCUCUUGAAGGUUUUUUUAUUACGUGGUAUUUUUAGGAAUGCAAGCCUUAAUUUAUUGAACUGAACUUUGGAAAAUGUCAUGUAGUUGUAUCAGUAUACUUUUAGGCAUAAAAAUAGUUUCCUAGAUAAGGAGUUUGAGAUAUUAAAAGAAUACAUGUGAUAACACAAGUAUACUGAGAAUGUUCUUGUGUCUUAUGGAAAUUAUCUUAUUUAUUUUGUUAUAAUUUACAAGUGAAGAUUAGUUUAAAUUCAUUUAUUAGUGUUUCUCAUUAUAUUUUAAUUCACAGUUAUACCAUGGGUAUUCAGAGGUGAUAUUUUCUGGAUGAUUACCCCUAUGAUUUUUUAGAGUAUAACAAAAUCUGAAAGUAGUAAUAGCGGGUCUCUUCUUCAGGGUGACUUGUUCUGGAACAGUUAGACUCUCCUAGUUUUAGCAGAUUAUUAUGGUAGGAUGCACAGCUUUCCUUCCAGUAAACAAAGUUCUUAUGAUUGUAUUUCAAGUGUGUGACUCUAGCCUCAAAUAGUUGACAUGACCAGCAGUCUAAUAACCUAAUUUUCAAGUUUGACAUAGAGCAUAUAACUUGACUUGAAAUUAUUAUUAUUUUUACAAAUUCACAUUUUCAUAAUUCAUUUGGAAUUGCAAAGAAAAAAAGCCUCAAAGCGAGAGUUUUAGGGGAGGGCCUACAAUGGGAAUGGGUCUCAUUGGUCUCUCCAAAAGUAAUUACAGAUGAAACAUUUCCAUUAUUAUACUAUUCCUUGGGUUUUAUCUCUGAUAAAGUAAGGAAAAAAAUACCUACUGUCUAUUUGUUUUCAAGCUUCCUCUAAAAUCUUAUGUUUCUGAUCACAAUUUGCAAAUUUAUUCUGGAUAGAUACUUAAAUAAGCCAUUUCUCUCCUCUACUAUUCAAUCAAUGCUUUGUUUUCUUAUCUGAAUCUUUACAUUUAAGAAGAUUGCUUUCUUGUUUUGCUCAUUUGGGGUUAGCACUGAGACCACCCUGGGCAUUUUGCUGUUUGGGAGGACCAUUCCAUGUGUGUCCUAAAUUCCUAAUUUUCAAGCCAAUUAGUUAUGCUCAGUUUUAUUUCCAGAAGUUCAUUCCAGCUGUAGUAGGUUGGGUUUUGUUCUUUUUCUUUGGGUUUCAUGUCUGAUGGAAGAGAAUACUAUUAACAUGUGCAGUUACCCCUCCCCCUCCUCCUUCAUUGACAGCUCCUCUCUUUGUAAAUACUGUGCUCACUUCUAGAAGCUAGUUCCUAGACAUUUAUAAAGCACUGAGAUGCAGGAUCUCCCAGGUAUGUACAAACACUUUGGUCCAUGGAGACCAAGAUGUUGAUGAGCUGCGUAGUUCUUGUUGUAAGAUGAUACCUUUCUUUUCCAAGCUGCUCAACUAAUCUGGAAGAGGGGAGAAAGUGCUCCGAUUGUUUACAGAGCCAUGCCCAUUGCUCUUUUCUGAUGCCUACUUGAUCCUGAUUUAGGCCUCUUGUACAGAGUAGGAAACCAGAGAGAGAAAAAUGCUUUAGUUUAGAUCUGUUCACAACUGUCUGAUUGGUUCCAGUGGUCUGAAGGAGUUGUCCUUCUCACUGUGUUUGAGACACCAAGGAAGUAGUAGUUCACCCAUCAAGCAGGACUAGAUGGAAUCUUGGUGUUCCGCCUUCUCAGGGACCAAAAAUGUAACAUUAACAACUUAGCAUCGACCUUCUUCCCAAGGACAUGUCCAUGUUAGUUUUCAUAUGUUUUACUCAUAUUCAUAGCUAGAGGUCUGUUAAUUUGAGUCAGAAAGAGAAAAGAUCUAGUUACACACCAGUCACACACCAUAAAACAGUUUAUCAUAUAAAAUACCUCAAUUUUCUGUAUUCCUCAUUUCCACCUCACAGUUGUACUGGUGAUGAAUUUUAAGGGUCUGUCCUUUAGCUUUGAGGUGAUUUUUCACAUCUGGCCAGAUUCUUAUACCUCCAUCAUAUACUUGAAAAGAUUAAGAAUUAGAGGAAUGAGAAUGAGAAUUUGGCCCAGUAUCACUACCUGUUUAUUUUCAUACACAUUUCUCACAUGCUAUUAAAUGCAACAAGAGAAUUAUAUUUUAAGAAAAUGUAACUUUAUGUUACAUCAAAAAAUGUUGUCUAGUAAAAAAUUGAUACUCAGUAGAACAAUGAUUAUGUAAAUAAAUCUAUUUCAAAUGUACCCAAUGUGAUAAAAAGCAUACAUAGUCUAGGGCCCAGAGCAUGAGCCAGGGAGAAGGAUUUAUUUGUUCUUUUCUCUAUUUUUCCUUGAAUUGUGCAACUCUAGGUGAGUCACUUAACCUUUCUGUGCCUCAGUUUCUCUACCUCUAAAGGGGUGAGAUGGUUCUCCAAAUCACCUGUUUUAGAGCACUCACACUUUCAGCGUGUGUUGAUAGCUUCAGACAAGAGUGUUCUGUGCAGGAUUGCUCUGGAGUGAUGCAGUGGAAGCUCAGCUUGCACUGGGCAUCCUGUUUGCUCAGGACUGUGUUACUGACAUGCAGCUUCAAGCACUGAGUAAGCAAAGGAAGUGCUGGUUGUAAAGUUUGCACGAUUCCAUGAAGCUUUAAUUUUCCUUUUUUUUUAUUUUAAAAGGAAGGGUUUUUUAUAUUCUAUUAUAAAAUAUGGGAAUUAAACAGGGACUUUAAAAAGCUGCACUGAAAGACCACAUUCUGUUGGUGUGAUGAGAUUUUCUGACAUUCUGCAUAGGUUUAUGUUCUGCAGAAGAUUCAGUGACCUGUGAACCAGAUCGAUUCUGUUGUGUUAGAUUUAUAAUGAAUGAUGCUGAACUUCCUGCUUCCAAGCAACUCAACCCUGACCAUGAACUACCUGAUACCAGGUAAAUGUCAGGAGCUCCCAAACCACUAGUGCCAAAAGGUCAUGUUGAAAAGUUCAGACUCUUUCUUUUAUUUGUCAAAAUAUGAUAAUUUGACCCCCACUCCCAUGUCAUUGUUUUUGCAAUUUGGAAUAAUUUAAGGGUACUGUUUUUCAGUAGCAUUCCUGAGUGUUUUUGCCCUUUUAAAUGAUAAACAUUUCUUUCUUGUAAAAUGGAAUAUAACCGUGAAGGAGAUGAUGACUAGAUUUUAAAAAAAAAUGUAACAUGUUGAUUGUUUGCAUAAGUUUUUUUUCCUGUAAAUGUAUCAGGGGAGCUUCCAAUUAGCAUACAUACACACAUUGUCAAUGGCUAAGACUUGCUUAUAUUUUGCUUUAUAGAAGUAGUCACAGCAUGUUGUAAUUGCCUUAUGUAAAUAUGAAAGGCUAUUUAUUAAGUUUUCCAAUAAUAUUUAUUAAUCUGUAUGUGUUUUAAAAUAAAAUAACUUAUUUCUA